CCCCCUCUUGAAGUACAUAUUUGACAGGGCACAGGAAGGCAGAGCCUGCACUCCAGCUUAGUGUUCAGUUAGGCACAGACGCCCUAAGCCCCUCUCCUCUCCUUCGUUUUCAUUUGGACGUUUUGUCGGUGCAGCCGCUCAACAAACAGCAGCCAUGGACGCCAUCAAGAAGAAGAUGCAGAUGCUCAAGCUCGACAAGGAGAAUGCCUUGGACAGAGCUGAGCAGGCCGAGUCAGACAAGAAAUCAGCAGAGGACAGAAGCAAACAGCUUGAGGACGAUUUGGUAGCUCUGCAGAAGAAGCUGAAGGGAACAGAGGAUGAGUUGGACAAGUAUUCCGAGGCUCUUAAAGACGCCCAGGAGAAACUUGAGUUGGCUGAGAAGAAAGCCGCAGAUGCUGAGGCAGAUGUCGCUUCCCUUAACAGACGUAUCCAGCUGGUUGAGGAGGAGUUGGAUCGUGCUCAGGAGCGUCUGGCAACUGCCCUGACCAAGCUGGAGGAGGCUGAGAAGGCAGCUGAUGAGAGCGAGAGAGGCAUGAAGGUCAUUGAGAACAGGGCCAUGAAGGACGAGGAGAAGAUGGAGCUGCAGGAGAUCCAGCUCAAGGAGGCCAAGCACAUCGCUGAGGAGGCUGAUCGCAAAUAUGAGGAGGUCGCCCGUAAACUGGUCAUCAUUGAGAGUGAUCUUGAGCGUACAGAGGAGCGCGCUGAGCUGUCAGAGGGACGAGCUCGGCGAACGGAGGAGGAGCUAAGGGUUUUGGAGCAAAGCAUGAAAUCACUAAACUCCUCAGUCAUACAGUACUCACAGAAGGAGGACAAGUACGAGGAGGAGAUCAAAGUCCUCACCGACAAGCUGAAGGAGGCUGAGACUCGUGCUGAGUUCGCUGAGAGAUCAGUAGCCAAGCUUGAGAAGACCAUUGAUGACCUGGAAGAGAAACUGUCACAUGCUAAAGAAGAGAACCUCGACAUGCACCAGAUGCUGGACCAGACUCUAAUGGAACUGAAUAAUUUGUGAAGGCCCAGUCCGACCCCCCACCCCCCCACACACAUUGUGGUUUUGGCUUUUUGUACUUGCACCUUGCUUACCAUAAACCCCUCUUCUCGUACGUUGCCCGUGGUGGAGAUCAAACAGCCAGAUGCUAUUCCUCUUGCACCGUCCUGCCUUCAGCUAGACUCGAGCAAGGAGCAAAGCUACGAGGAAGCAAAUCGUAACCAUUCCCUUUGAUGAAGCCUAAACUGAGAAACAAGAUUGUUUAUGUCAGCUUUAAUCUUGAAAUGUUGUCUGCCUUUUCGCAAUUGAGAUAGUGUCUUGUUUUCGUUUUUGACGAGUCAUCUGGUGAAAUGACACGUCAUGUCAUUGGUUACAAAGAUUUUGUACAUCUGCAUUGACGCUGAUCUGGUACGAUCCAUUCCACAUUUAUUAUGCAUAAACCAAAGGACAAAGUGAGGAAAUUUUGCACCUAGUUUAACCUCAACAUUGCGCACAUUUUGCAUUCUUUAAGAAAAGCUGUCAAAAGACAAGUGGAAGUAUACAUGGGCUAUAUGCCUGAUAUUCUGUAUACUGGUGCUACUGUUUUGUAAGGCUGAAAAUGUUAAUGCAUACCAGUAUAUUCUUGGCUUUCUUCCAAACCACGGUUCAAAAUUUGUUCAUCUUGUCUGUUUAGUAUUAUUUCUGUCAUCUGGUUGUGCAAUGUUUAAGCAUAUAUGUUGGUAGAUGUUUCAAGUGUUUAUCAUAUUUGAAAUGUACAAACUAUAAAAAAUAAAGCACGUUUUGAAAGUUU